AUGCAAUCUUUAGACGACAAGCCUUCUUUUAGUGAUGCUAAAAAACUUGGUGAAUGGGCGGGUCUUUGUAAGAUUGAUCGUGAGGGCAAUCCUCGUAAAGUCGUUGGAUGUUCAUGUGUCGUAGUCAAAGACUAUGGUGAAGAUUCUGAAGCUAGAAAUGUACUAUUAGAAUAUUUCAAAUCACGUUAA